AAAAAUAACCGAAAGAAAGAAAGCACAAAAAGAAUUUUAAAAACAUAUCUUUUUCUUUCCAAAACUCUUUUUUCUUCCCACCAUUAUCUCAUGAACGUUAGUGGAGGCUCUCUCUCUACACAGAGGGUAGCCUACCCUUGAAAAAGAACCUAGCAGCUACGCUUUAGGUAAAAACACACAAAAGAUCACUUGAAAGUGUUUCAUUCUUUAACUUGAAACUCCAUCUGGGUCUUUUGACUCUACUGAGAUAUGAUGGUCCACACGAUGCACAGAGAGUCACCGGAUAAAGGGUUGGAUUCCGGCAAGUAUGUUAGGUACACACCGGAGCAAGUGGAAGCUCUUGAAAGAGUUUACACUGAGUGUCCUAAGCCUAGCUCCCUCAGAAGACAGCAACUCAUACGAGAAUGUCCUAUUCUCUCCAACAUCGAGACCAAACAGAUCAAAGUUUGGUUUCAGAACCGCAGAUGUCGAGAGAAGCAGAGGAAAGAAGCUGCUCGUCUCCAAACAGUGAACAUAAAGCUCAAUGCAAUGAAUAAACUCUUGAUGGAAGAAAAUGAUCGUUUGCAGAAGCAAGUUUCUCAUUUGGUCUAUGAGAAUGGCCACAUGAAACACCAAAUCCACACUGCUUCUGGGACGACCACAGACAACAGCUGUGAGUCUGUGGUCGUAGUAAGUGGUCAGCAACAUCAACAGAAAAACCCUAAUCCUCAGCAUCAUCUGCAACGUGAUGCUAACAACCCAGCUGGUCUCCUUUCGAUAGCAGAGGAGGCCCUAGCAGAGUUCCUUUCCAAGGCUACAGGAACUGCUGUUGACUGGGUUCAGAUGAUUGGGAUGAAGCCUGGUCCGGAUUCUAUUGGCAUCGUAGCUAUUUCCCGCAACUGCAGUGGAAUUGCAGCACGUGCCUGCGGCCUCGUGAGUUUAGAACCCAUGAAGGUUGCUGAAAUCCUCAAAGAUCGUCAAUCUUGGCUCCGUGAUUGUCGAAGUGUGGAUACUCUGAGUGUGAUUCCAACUGGAAACGGUGGGAGUCUCGAGCUUAUAUACACGCAGAUGUAUGCUCCAACAACGUUGGCAGCAGCUCGUGACUUUUGGACGCUGAGAUACAGCACCUGUUUAGAAGAUGGAAGCUAUGUGGUUUGUGAGAGGUCGCUUACAGCUGCAACUGGUGGCCCCACUGGGCCACCUUCUUCAAACUUUGUGAGAGCUGAGAUGCGACCAAGCGGGUUUCUCAUCCGUCCUUGCGAUGGUGGUGGUUCCAUUCUCCACAUUGUUGACCAUGUUGAUUUGGAUGCGUUGAGUGUCCCUGAAGUCAUGAGGCCUCUCUAUGAAUCUUCGAAGAUUCUUGCUCAGAAAAUGACCGUUGCUGCUCUGAGACAUGUAAGACAAAUCGCACAAGAGACAAGUGGAGAAGUUCAAUACGGUGGAGGACGCCAACCUGCGGUUUUAAGAACCUUUAGUCAAAGACUCUCUCGGGGAUUCAAUGAUGCUGUUAAUGGUUUUGUGGAUGAUGGAUGGUCGCCAAUGGGUAGCGAUGGUGCAGAAGAUAUUACAGUUAUGAUAAACUUGUCCCCUGGAAAGUUUGUUGGGUCUUUCCUCCCUAGCUUUGGUAGUGGUGUGCUUUGUGCCAAGGCAUCUAUGCUGUUGCAGAAUGUUCCACCUGCUAUGCUGGUUGGAUUCCUUAGAGAACACCGCUCAGAGUGGGCUGAUUAUGGUGUGGAUGCUUAUGCUGCUGCAUCCCUCAGAUCAAAUCCUUUUGCUGUUCCUUGCGCUAGAACUGGUGGCUUCCCAAGUAACCAAGUCAUUCUCCCACUAGCACAGACUGUUGAACAUGAAGAGUUUCUUGAGGUGGUUAGACUCGAAGGUCAUGCUUACUCACCUGAAGACAUGGGUUUAGCUAGAGAUAUGUACUUACUACAGCUUUGUAGUGGUGUUGAUGAAGAUGUAGUUGGAGGUUGUGCACAGCUUGUCUUUGCUCCUAUCGAUGAAUCCUUCGCUGAUGAUGCACCUUUGCUUCCUUCUGGCUUCCGUGUCAUACCUCUUGAACAAAAAUCAACCCCGAACGGUACAUCUGCAAACCGUACAUUGGACUUAGCAUCAGCUUUAGAAGGAUCAAAACAUCAAGCAGACCCAAAUGGUUGUAACUUUAGGUCGGUACUAACCAUAGCAUUCCAGUUCACAUUUGAUAACCACACAAGAGACAAUGUUGCUUCAAUGGCACGUCAGUACGUGAGAAACAUAGUGGGAUCGAUUCAGAGGGUUGCUCUAGCUAUUGCUCCUCCUCGUCCUGGUUCUAGUAUCAGUUCAAUAUCUGCUCCCACUUCCCCUGAAGCUCUCACUCUAGUCCGUUGGAUCUCCCGGAGUUACAGAGUUCAAACUGGUGCAGAUCUCUUUGGCUCUGAUUCUCAAACCAGUGGUGACACAUUGCUGCAUCAACUCUGGAAUCACACUGAUGCAAUCUUGUGCUGCUCCAUGAAAACAAACGCUUCACCGGUCUUCACAUUUGCAAACCAAACCGGUUUAGACAUGCUGGAAACUACUCUUGUAUCCCUUCAAGACAUAACACUAGACAAGACCUUAGACGAGUCUGGUCGUAAAGGUAUAUGCUCUAAGUUCCCCGAGAUCAUGCAACAGGGCUAUACUCAUCUUCCUGCGGGUGUAUGUGCGUCAAGCAUGGGGAGAUUGGUGUCUUACGAGCAGGCAACAGUGUGGAAAGUUCUUGAAGACGAUGAAUCAAAUUACUGCUUAGCUUUUAUGUUUGUUAAUUGGUCCUUCAUUUGAAGACUGAGCUCACUCCAUUUCCCAUGGGAGAAGGGUUUAUUUAUGUAAUCUAUUAAUGUUAGGUUUCUAUGCUCAAGUAUUCUGAAAUUCAGAGGACUAGUAUGUAAUAUGACUAAUAUAUGAUCCAUUAUGGAUUGUUCUUGUUCCUAUGUUAUGGCAGAAUAUUAUGCAAGUCUUUUUUUUGUGCUAA